UCGUCUCUUGUGUAUCAGAAGAAGCUAUCAAUGGAGCGAAGCAUGCGGGUUUUUUCAGCUCUUCUUGUGCUUUCAUUGCUUUUCAUGGCUACUGAGAUGGGGCCGAAGGUGGCAGAGGCUAGACUUUGCGAGUCACAGAGUCAUCACUACAAAGGGCCGUGUGGUCAUGAGAAGAACUGUGCUCAUGUUUGCAAAACCGAGGGAUUUCAUGGAGGCAAAUGCAAGGGAUUUGUACGUAAAUGCUACUGCACCAAAACUUGUAAUCCAUGAUC